UGUGCCUCUAUCAGUCGCAACAGAGCAUGCGCAAUUGUACUCACUAACACAGGCUCUUUACAAUUGGAGUUGAGUUAAGGUCACUUAAAUAGCAUUCAACUCUGUUCUUCUUCCUUCUGUGUUGAAGGAGAACAGCCAUGGUGUUCCUGACGCUGUCUUGUUGGAUCAGAAGCCGUGGACCUGACCGAUAUUGGAAAGUUCAAGAAGUUCUCAAACAUGCACGGCACUUCAGAGGCAGAAAGAACCGCUGCUACAGUCUGGCUGUGCGGGCGGUCAGGAGAGCUUUCGUCUACGCCACCACAGCGCGGAAGCUCAAGAAGCGCAACAUGAGAACCCUCUGGAUCACACGCAUUGCAGCAGCAUCACGAGAGCACGGCCUGAAGUAUCCCAUUCUUAUACACAACCUCACCAAGACAAGCGUUCAGCUCAACCGACGUGUAAUCAGUGAUCUGGCUGUCACAGAACCUCGGUCAUUCCUCUCACUUGCAAAGCUGGCGCGGGCUAGGCAACAGGAAGGCUUCCGUGCAGCGUUGGGUGACGGCAAAGAGCCUUCUGGUGUCUUCUCCCGUGUUGUUCUGUUACAGUAAAAGAUUUGCUCCAGUGAAAGAUUUCCAGUUAUGUGUUUGAAAGAAUGCUGUUGUUGGAUUGUGGAGCUGUUCAUUAAAUGGUCAGUCAGGCACACACUCACUUCCUUGCUUUACAGCUAUCUUGCUCAAGGACACUCCCGCUGACCUUGAAGUAUGGUUUCUCCACUCAAUGUUGUUCAAAAGCAGUGCAUCCCUAGAAACAGAUUUGACCAAUGUAAAUGCCUUUUCCUUCUAUUAACAAUACUGAUAAUAGACAGUUCCUAAAUAUAGUUGUACACUAUUUUCAGGUGAAUCAUUUCAAGUUAAAUUUAGAGUAAAUUAGAUGAUAUUUUUGAAAUUGUGCACUCUGUCAUAACAAGGAUAGUUUGGCAACAGACAGCCUUGCUUCUCCUCCAUUCACUAAUUUCAACCCGCCCCACCAUUUGAUGCAGAUUGUGAGUUUUCAGGAAGUUGGGCAGAAGACUGACCUCAAGCUUUUUCAUUUGAGUUGUGUCUCUGUGUAAAUAUUUAUUUUGCCAAUUGUUGAUGUUAUCCUCUCACUGUUUGGUUCAUUAAACAUUUUGAUGUAUA